AUGCUGGGCCCGCUCCUCAGGCUCCUCUCGGCGUGCGGCGGGGUCUGGCCCACCUCGCCGGCCCCCGGCGCCCACGCCGCCGCGGCCUCCUCCUCCUCCUCCUCGGCGGACGACUCUGAGGGCCGCGACGGCCUGCUCUGGUGGCGCGACCUCGCGCGCUGCCUCGCCGGCGACGUCUCCGUCGCCGUCGCCCAGGCCAACCAGGUGCUCGAGGACCAGUGCCGCCUCGACUCCGCCCCGCCCCUCGGCACCGUCGUCGGCGUCUUCGACGGACACGGCGGCCCCGACGCCGCCCGCUUCGCCUGCGACCACCUCGUCCCCAACCUCCGAGAGGCGUUCUCCGGCCCUCGGGGCGUCACCGCGGACGCCAUCAGGGAGGCGUUCCUGGCCACGGAGGAAGGCUUCCUCGCGCUCGUGUCAAGCCUCUGGGAGGCCCAGCCGGACAUCGCCACGGACGGGACGUGCUGCCUCGUCGGCGUCGUGCACAACAGGACCCUUUUCGUCGCCAACCUCGGCGACUCCCGGGCCGUUCUCGGGAAGAAGGUGGGCCGCGCCGGGCAGAUUACUGCAGAGCAAUUAUGCAGUGAGCACAAUGCCAAUCAGGAGGCUGUCAGGCAGGAGCUCAAGGCGCAGCACCCAGAUGAUGCUCAGAUUGUUGCACUCAAGCAUGGGGUCUGGAGAGUGAGGGGCCUCAUACAGGUGUCUAGAUCAAUCGGUGAUGUAUACCUGAAACAUGCAAAGUAUAACACAGAGCGGAUCAAACCCAAGUUCAGGCUUUCUGAAUCAUUCAGCAAGCCAUUAUUGAGUGCUGAUCCAUCUAUCAUCUCCCGCAAUCUUGAACCAAAUGACUGUUUCAUCAUAUUCGCGUCAGAUGGUUUGUGGGAACACCUGAGCAAUCAGGAAGCUGUUGAGAUUGUUCACAACCAUCAACAUGCUGGAAGUGCAAGAAGACUCAUAAAAGCUGCUCUACAAGAAGCAGCGCGGAAGCGUGAGAUGCGUUACUCAGACCUUACAAAGAUCGAUAAGAAAGUUCGCAGGCAUUUUCAUGAUGACAUUACUGUCAUCGUCUUAUUUAUAAACCAUGACCUAUUAUUGAAAGGUGCUCCGCAAGGACAACCCCUCUCCAUCAGAUGUGCCCUAGAUUAUUGA